CACACAGCGAGGCUGUUGGCAGUGUCAGUGAACUGCCCUUGACUUGUAUGUUAUUCAUCUCAAAUCUGGGAUUCCCGUACCAGUAAAGCUUUUGCCAUGCCCUUUAAAAGGAAACCCAGACAAAAAUGAAAUCCUCCCCUAUCGCAUUGUCUGUCUCUGCAUGCUAAGCAGACUCCUUGUUCUCUGUAGUAAGACAGAGUUGUGGGGUGUUUACUAAGGGGGUGUUUCUACUAUUGCCCGCUUGUAUGUGUGUUACCUUGGACUCCCCUUGUCCUCCCUAUUCAUGUGUGGAAUCUCAUUGUUGGGGGAGACAUCAUUCAAGCUGAUGUUUUAGGGCAGGAGGGAGGCUCCCAGUUCAUUAGACCUGUGUUUCGAGGGUCGGAGCGAGUGGGGGCACUACGUCUCGAGGUGACAACUCACUGUGGUGAAUAGGUCAGAAGAUUCACAGGUUUGACGAGAAGGGCCAAAAGGAAGCUGCAGAGUAUCUGAAGUGUUUGGCCGCAGAGAAGCCAGAGGGAGAAUUGUUCAAAGAUGACACCUGCCAGCCUGGUGUUUGCCUGGUUACUGUUCUUUCAAGGGACUGUCAGCUCAACUGUUUACCUGGAACCGGAGGAGGAGGAGCUCAAUGAAACUGUCAUCUGUACCAAUGACCAAAUGGAGGUUGUCAUUCCAAGUGCCUUUUUUAUCAAUAAAGUGCCACCAGUUUAUGUUUGGGAUUUGCACUUAAAUGACCCUGACUGCCGUGGCGUUGAGAUUAAGGACAAUUAUGUCUUCAGCAUCAAGACAAAUCUCUCCGACUGUGGGACCAUCAUGGCCUCAGAUGAUACCCAUAUCAUGUUCUUAAACACCAUACGCAAUAAUGACUCAGAUGUGGUCACAAGGAACUACAUCAACAUCACAUUUGUGUGCCGCUACCCACUGAACUACAUGGUCCAGCAGCCCAAUGGUGAAAACAUGAUCCGUGUGGACGUGAGAACAAUUACACUGAACACAGAAGAUGGGAACUUCUCAGUGUCUAUGCUGUUGUAUAAGGACGAAGCCUUUGAGGACAAAUGGAUGACGGUUCCCUCCCUGACGCUGGAGGAUGACAUAUAUGUGAAAGUUUUUAUGGUCCCUGCUCAUCUGAUGCUGCGUGUGGACAGAUGCUGGGCCACACCAACCAAGGACCCCUACAGUAACAUCCAGUACACCUUCAUCAAGGACAGCUGCCCGGUGCUGUCAAACGAGCAGAUGCUGACAGUGCUGAGGAAUGGCCAGGGUCCAGAAGCCACGUUCAGGAUACAAAUGUUCAAGUUUGUGGGAAGCUCUUACACCGACGUCUUCCUCCACUGCAACGUCCAGAUCUGUCACAACACCCUGGGAGCCUGCCAGCCUAACUGCUCUAGUGAAGAUGGAUAUGUGCGGACGAGGAGAGAUAUCCCACUGUCCCACACGGUUUCCUAUGGACCAAUCAGACGACUGCUCCCUGAAAGGGACCAGCCCAGUUUGAAUGCUGGAGGUAUCCCCCCAGUGGAGACGUUUGUCCUGGGAGGGCUGCUGCUGGUCCUGCUGCUGGUCCUGCUGCUGGUCACUGGGGUGUUUGGAAGGCUCUGGCUACGUUCCAGAAACUCCUACCCAGCCCAGGAGGCUCAGCUAACCCUGUCUAACAUUCACCACAUCACUGAGGUGGCAUCGUGAGCCCUGUCUGGCUAACACCCCCAGUCUUAGAAGUCUUAAAGAACGGAUCUCGACAUAACCUGAAAGGCGUGUGUCAACAAUCCUCUUGGGCACCUACACACACACACACACAACACACAUAUACUGCAGUUAUAAGUAUUACAUUGUGGGUGGUGAUGGUCACAUUUUUUUAUGUAAAUAAAAUAUCUGUGUUUAAUACUUGAAGGAUUGUGUUUUGUGAUACAUCUGUAGUAUAGUUUCAAUGUUUUUGUUUGAAAGUUAAAUAAAAAUAUAUUUCCAUUGGUUAUUC